GAGCGUGUCUGAACCAUAAACCCUUCUCCUGUAUUUCCUUGAGAGGCAUUCUGGUUUUCUUCGCCGUCGGACUUGGACAAGGAAAAACAGAGGGAAGAAUCCAGAGCAAAGAAGAAAUGCAUCCUCCCAUUUUUGGGCACUCUUUCGCCGUGCUCGCGGCAUUGAUCCUCCUUUCCGGGCUCGCUUUCAAUUUUCUCAACAGGAAAAGAGCCAGUGCCCGAAGAAAUGCAGAAGAUGCUGAUGCCGGGGCGGCGGGAUCGUCGGCCUCUCCAGUGGAAACCGAUUCCGGCGCGUCUAGUUCGUCAACCGCGCCGACUGAAGACCAUUAUGAGGUGUUCUUGAACUUUAGAGGUUUAGAUACUCGAAAUGGUUUCACCAGUCACCUCUACCGCGGGCUACUCGACGCCGGAAUUGAUGUUUUCUUGGACGAUAAGCUCCGCCAAGGCGAAGAGAUCGGCCCCGAUCUCUUGGAAGCCAUCAAGAACAGUAAGAUCUUGAUUCCCAUUCUCUCCGAGAAUUAUUGUUUGAGCAAAUGGUGCCUUGAUGAACUGAUUCAAAUAAUGGAGUGCAAGAUAAAUAAGACGGGACAUAUAGUGUUGCCUAUAUUCUACAAAGUGAAACCAACUGACGUGCGGCAUCAGAGUGGAAGUUUCGGAGGUGCAUUUCUUAAGCGGGAGAAGCCUUUCAACCCAGUGACUUUGGAGAAAUAUAAGCAAGCACUCACAGCAGUCGGUCAAUUGAAAGGAUGGGAAGCCGAUGGGAAUGAAGCAGAAUUAGUGAGAUUGAUUGUCCAAACGGUGUCGAACAAGCUGAAGAAAGACUAUGAUUUGCUUAUUCCCAAGAAUUUGGUUGGAAUUGAUAAUCCUGUGGAGAAGGUUAUGAUAGAUGUAGCUAAUAAUUCUAAUGUCACCCUAUUUAUUGGCAUCUAUGGAAUGGGAGGCAUUGGUAAGACAACUCUUGCUAACAUUAUCUUCAACAAGCUCUCCGAUCAAUUUGACUCUCGUAGCUUCAUUCCUGAUAUUAGGGAAUCAUGUAACCUUAAGGGCCUUGAGUCCUUGCAGAAGAAGCUAAUCUUUGAUAUAUUGGGAGGAGAAAACCAAGUUCAUAAUAAACAUGAAGGGACUAUGUUGCUCUCAUCCAAGUUCAAGAAAAAGAAAGUACUCAUUCUUCUUGAUGAUGUGGACCAUUAUGAUCAAUUGAAGGCUUUGGCUGGAAAUCAUAAUUGGUUUUAUUCAGGAAGUAGGAUCCUUAUUACCUCAAGAGACAGGAGUAUUCUUGAAAGUGCAAGGGUGGACUGCUACCAUAAACUUGAGGAAUUGGAUAAGAACCAAUCUUUGAUCUUGUUCUGUAGACACGCGUUUGGAAUGAGCUCUCCUCCAAGUGAAUUCGAGGACCUUGCUCAUGAAGUUGUAUCCACAACUGGGGGGCUUCCCUUGUCUCUUCAGGUUAUAGGUUCAUUAUUGUUCAAAAAAGAGUCAAAACGAUGGAGCGGUACGAUAAAAAAGUUAAGAGAAGUCCCUCAUGAGGAUGUGAAAAAAAGGUUAAAGAUAAGUUAUGAUGCAUUAGAAUAUCGUGAACAACAAAUAUUUUUGGAUGUCGCUUGUUUUUUAAUUGGGACCGAUGGAAGAAUUGCAUCCUACAUGUGGGAUGCCUGUGGCUUUUAUCCAGAGGAGGGAAUCGCAAAAUUGAGUUCUAUGUCAUUAAUAAAAGUUGGAGAUAAUCAUGAGCUCAUAAUGCAUGACCAAUUGAGAGAUCUUGGUAGGGAAAUUAUUCGCCAGGAGAAGUGGGAAGAGCCUCAAUACCAUAGCAGGUUGUGGGAAUCCAAGAAAGUCCUAAAAGUGCUAAAGGAAAAUAAGUCACCACCACUGAAGACGUUGAAUUCCUCCUGUCACCAUCAACAGCCUCUUCACGGCACUUCCUCAACUCCUCCACCAACAGAGACGAGAACUUGACCACGUCAAUUCCAUCUCGAGACACCUUAACCUUACUCUUCUCCUUCUUUUCGAGGCCGUGGAUUGCAAGAGGGAGUCUUUAGUAGGUGUAGAGCUUAAAUUUGUGGGGUUCCGGGAAAUUGCAAUUUUGUGAAUGUCAAAGAGCUUAGAGGGAAUGGGUGGAUGUGGGUGUUUGACUAUGACUAUGGCUAUGGUGAUGUUGAUAAGGGCUUGUUUUGGGAGCUUCUUGAGGGAACGUGUGGAAGGGUGUAUCGCAAAGUCACCGUGUGCCUAGGAGCUUCUUGUAAACAACAUAGAAUUGUGACCUUUUUAUAGUCGAGUGAACCGCAUUAUGGGAUGCAAAACCCUUAUAUGAGGCAAUGCGAAAAUUUCGUUGUUUUGAUUUGUCUCCGCAACUGCUUUGGAUUAGAUUUUCUAGAGUCAUAUGAUUCUCUCUUGUUCAAGCCAGAGCAAUCCAGAGCACAAUCGCAACCACAUUGAGCGUUUUGUAACACAAAGUAAAAUCCAUGCCGAAGUCCUUAUUUGAGGCUAAACUCACUAUUUCGUCCAUUUCAAGUCUUCUUUUGAGAAAACAACUCCACUUUGUAUCCUUAUUUAAAAUUUUCUCAAAUUAGUAUGAUAUGAGUGAAUAUGGCGGCAUUUGUGUAACUAAUUGUGAUUUUGACUCUACUACUAAUCCAUUAUAUGGUUUGACUCAAGUUGUUGCUCAAAAGACUAGCACCUAUUUGCAUUCUCAAUAUGCGAACUUGCAUAAUAUCAAUAGCCAAUUUAUGUAUUAACAAAUUCAAAGACUAUGUCUAUUUAUUAUGUCUUUCAUAUUACAUCAGAAAUAAGCUAAACUAACCAAAAGAAAAAUGAAUAUCCUGUAUACUUUAUAUCUAAAUAAACUGGUAAAAUUAACUUUUACAAUUGAAAAGGUGCAUGUUUGACAUAAUUAUUUCAGUAUUUUUGCAGGAUAUACUUUCGGUUCGUUCAAUUCAAGUUACUAUCAUAAGUCAAAAUCAAAGUGCUUUCAGUAAAACUGAUAUAAGAUCUUUAAAGUUUAUUCCUACAUUUAAUCAAAAUACCUAAAGUUACUUUCAUUUAUAUUAUCUAAAAAUGCGAUCAACUUUGAUAAAACCCAUGCGUAGUGAGAAGCAUAGACAAUACAACUUACAUAAACAGGAAACAAAUGACAUAUAAAUCAUAAUUGAAACACAUUCAUAACUCACUCCAUGGGUAUUAUUGAGUAUACAACCAAAUAAAUAAAAAUACAAAGUGUUGCAACUGAGAGAAAAAUAACACAAAGUUUAAAAGAGCGUAAAAAGAAGUCUAGCCUUUUUGCAUGCUGGCCGAAAAUAUUACAACUUUUCAUUCAGUGGACAAAAUUGACACCCUUUACAAAUUCUGCUUAUUCACACUUUAAAUCGCCAUGCAUUAUCUACACAGCUCAAUGCGCGAACAUACACGGUAAACCACAAUAAU